UGCUCCUGUUACUCACUGUCAUCACUGGCACCACACUAGUCGUGGGCCUCGAUCGGCCCUAAGGGACGCAGCAGAAUAAAUGGCAAAAGAGGCGGCGGCAAAGGGCUCUGCAGCCUCGGUGGACGUCCGACCCUCGGAGACGCCCAAGGACCUGAAGAAGAGGGUAAGGGGUCUGGACAAGUCGCUCACCAGCGUGCACGAGCGCUUGGUGCAGACCGAGAAGCAGAUCUUCGACCUAGAGCGUAGCUAUCUCGAGGAGACCAGGCUCUACGGAAACGUGCUCCAGGGCUGGGAUGCGUACCUCGACACCAAGGGGAAGGGAGUAGCAGCAGGCGGGAAGGGCGAGGCGGCGGCUGGGGGACGAGGAGGGGUCAACAUGCGAGAGGUAGCUUCUGAAGACGGGGAGGAAGGUAUGUAG